AGUCCAUCGAGGAUCGAUGGGUCGUGUUUAUUGUUUUUCAAUUUACAUCUAUUUCCAGGUAUUGCAAGCAAACUUUACGCCUUUCAUCUCCUCUACACCUAGUCACAUUCUCAUUCCUUCGAAUUGCGUCAAUACUCCACGCAAGUCAACAUGGUCUUCGGUCGUCUUGUCCACUUCACCUUCGACGCCCUUGCGGUGUCCACUAUUCUUGCUGGCGUCAAGAAGACUACUGGCUUCGCCCCUGCCACCGAUCUCAUCCCCGACUCCUCUAUCAAGUCCAUCACCGACUCAUAUCUCGGUGUCGGCACAACCAUUUUUGACAUUGUUGCUGGACAAGCGGUGACCAGUCAAUAUUUUAAGCGAACAUAAGUAACCUGCAAUUAUAGCGCAACGAUGAUGGAGAAGAUAUCAUGCAAUUAGGCAAGCAGAAACCUCGGAAAUUGAAACCACAGGGAGGGGACAAUGGAUACUGUGGCGUUGGUCUAGAGCGAGGAUGCCGUGCUUGGCCGUGUUUGAGAGUAGGAAGCAGGCAUGCUGCAUGUAACAUUCUCUAAUACACGUUGCUAACGAGCUCCAAGAUGUACGCUGAGACGGAGAAAUAAAUAACCCAAACAGAUGCCAGCCGAAAAAAACAACAACACAAAAA